CGAUUCUUAUUUUCAGGUGAUUAUACACUAAUGAAAACAUAUGUAUGAAUAUUAUAUUCCAUUUCUGCCAUAUUCUGCCAAUAGAUCCCCCUAAAUCUUACAUACUGGUCCUGUAGAGGAUGAGAGAGGUAAAAAUAUAUAUUUCGGUUAUACAAACAACUAUUUUAUUUUAAUGACGUUUCUCUAUUUUUUUGCAUUUUUCUUGUGAAAUACUGAAUACUUCUCUACAAAUCCUCCAAAUUAAAUAAUCUGAGAAGGAACACCAGUCUUUGGUUAAACUGCUAAACUCAUGUCCACUAUAUACCUGUGAUGAUGGGUCACAAGAAUUCAUUGUUUCAUUUCAAACCAAAAAGGUUGGGAACCACUGACUUAAAUCAACCAUGCCAGUGUUUCUCUUACAUUUCCAGAAUGAACACAAGAGGUGAAAGGACAUAAUAUUAUUCCCAACCCUCUGACUUCUCUGGGCUUUAGUCUGAUACCUUCAUAUAUUUCUAAUAUCCGAAGCACAUUUUCCAAAAUAUUUUCUAUUAAGCUUGGAGCUGAACUGUAUAAAAGCAGGCAAAAAAAUCAAUACAAUACAGCCCAUCUGAUGGUAAGCAUCACAUAUAGCAUUAUGCAAGUCACACAGAGAGAGUAUGCAAAGUGUACUGGGUCAAAGACACUGUGACUUCUAUAAAUUAUACAGUAUGUAUGUCAUGUUAAGAAAUGAUACAGAGCAGAGUGACAUAGAGUCAAAGUAGUUAUCAAAUGAAUGUCCUGUAAUGUAUUUCUCUUUGUUUUGCUGCAGGGACAUUUCGGGGUGUUUGCAAAGACAUUGAUCACUUUGCUGAAGAUGCAGAUUAUGAGCAGGAUGCUGCAGAGUAUUUACUACGUGGGUAACAAAAGAGCAGUACGAGCCUCCAGCCUCUUCCCCAUCCUCAGUGUGGGAUUAUUAUUUCUUGGAGGUGUGUGUGUAGCUGCCAGCGAGUUUUACAAGUCACGCUACAAUGUCAUCCUCAGCGCGGGUAUACUCUUUGUCUCUGCAGGUCUCAGUAACAUUAUUGGCAUCAUUGUGUACAUAUCAGCCAACUCUGGUGACCCCAGCCAGAGCGACAACAAAAAGAGCUACUCCUAUGGCUGGUCUUUUUAUUUUGGCGCUCUGUCCUUUGUGCUGGCUGAGAUGGUGGGCGUCCUGGCAGUGCACGUGUUCAUAGAAAAACACCGGCAGUUGCGCACUAAAGGCCGGCCUUCCCUCAUGAAGCCGCCCAUCUCCCGCAGCUCAUCUUACUACCGCAACCGUUAUUACCAGAACCGCGGCCGCCGAUACAGUUACAGGAGCAACCACAGUACAGGAGACUCCUUUCGAGCAUCCUUGGUGCGAGACAGAGAGCCGUCCAUCUCCGCUGAAUCCAAAGUCAACGCCAUGCUACUCACAACAACACAGAGAUGCUGCCUGGAAACUGUGCUGCCAACAGAAGGACCACGCCUGUCUGAGAGGAGAGGAAACAGAGGAGGUAGAUGUACAGGGGUUAAACACAAGAGGAACUUCCGUGAGAAUAGAAGAUUAAAUGAGAGGAAGUCCUCUCACUUUCUUGGUAAAGAAAGAAGAAAGAAUUUGGAGACCGGAAAUGGGCUGCAUUGACCAAUCUGACGAUUUUUUUCCCGUUUAGUGGAUGAAAUGUCAAAAUAUAGUGAAAAAAUCACAAUCACAGUUUUGUAGAGCCCAAUCUGAUGUCUCCAAAUUGCUUGUUUUGUGUGACCAGCAGUCCAGAACAAAAAGAUAUUCAAUUUACAAUGACAUAAAACAAAGAAAUGAAGUGUGUUUGAGAAGCUGGAAUCAGAGAAUGUUUGGCAUUUUUACGUUAAAAAUGUAAAAAAAAAAAUUAAUUAACGAGAUAAAUCAAUUAUCAAAGAAGUUGCAGAUUAUUUUUCUGUCAGUCAACUAAUUGAUUAAUCGUCUAAUUGUUACAGCUCUAGACUGAAGCAAUCUGCUCUGAGAAAAAGGGAUGAAGAAAACAAGAACACAUUUUUGAGAUCUAAUAUUUUUGUGCUCUUUAUAUGUCAUUCUGCUUUGCUAUUACAGUAGCUGUAUCUACAGUAUAUCUGUAUCUACAGUGUGUGUAGUGUGUGAAUGAGUGUGUAUAGUAAUAGGAAUGUGUGUGUAUGAGACAGACAGUCAUGCAGAGAGAGACAGAAAGGAGGAGCUGUCCAUUAAAAUAAGAAACUAUCACAUAGAAAUACAAGACACACAAAAACACAUACAUCUGGGCGUGACAUAACUAUGUCCUGUUCCUGUCCUCCUUUUUGUGGACCUGAGCUCAAAAUCGAAACCCUAUUAAAUGCAUUAGAGCUCUCUCUAUCUGUCGCUCACUGUGUCUGUUUGUGUGUAUUGCGUAAGCAUGUGAGCAUAAGUGUAACAAAAGGUUCUGCCCUUAUGGUUAUGUCACUGAGUCUCUGUUUACAUCAAAUAAAGCUUAUAAAAUAA